AUGUCUUCCAUUGGACCCCAAUUACCGCCACAUCUAUCGAAGCGAAAACGUACGCCAGACGAAGAAGCGUCCGCCAGCAAACACCGUCGCAGCGAAUCCCCAGCAAAAAACACAAACACAGAUGAGAUUGAUCUCGAAGACUCGGACGAUGAUUACGGUCCCAGCGCGCCAUUACCUCCAAAAGCACCUAUCGGUCCAGCUUUACCAACAUCCAACAACGACGAGAUAGAUCUUGGGUCGGAUUCAGACUCCGAUACAGGCCCAGCACCACCAAAGCCUACUGUUGGCCCAGCACCUCCACCUGCCGACAUCACACAACGCCCUGCGUCGUCUCCCGAUUCAGACUCAGACUCGGAGGAUGAAUAUGGUCCCGUGCUCCCAGGCGCAUCCAACGCGAAUAAGCCGACCAUAGGACCCCAGCUUCCAGUCGCCGAAGCAGCUCCACAGCGCGACUCAUGGAUGCUUGCGCCGCCCACCGCAUCAGGAUAUUCAGAGCGCGACCCGACUAAAAUGCGUAAUCGCAAAUUCGCUUCCAAACCAGCGUCAUCUUCAGGGCCCUCAGCCGUUUCGGCAAUAUGGACUGAAACUCCUGAGGAGAAGCUAAAGCGACUACAAGAUUCUGUACUGGGACGUUCCGACAAAAGUACAGAUGCAGAGCCCAAGAAUGUCAAGUCGCGGGAGGAAGAAGAGCGCAAUCGCAAGAUUUCUGCCAAUAUUGAAUCGCAGAGAGGCAAAAGUCUAUACGCUGAGCAUCAGGGACGGCGAGAAAAGUCUGGACAAAAACUUGAAGAGGAUGAUGAUCCUAGUAAGCGAGGCUUUGAUAGAGAAAAGGACAUGGCUCUGGGCGGAAAGAUUGGCACAGCACAAAGAAGGGAGCUGAUGAACAAUGCCGCUGAUUUUGGUGGUAGGUUUCAGAAGGGAUCUUUUCUGUAG